AAGAACAAUACAUUCAACGCAUAUUGUUAAAAAACAGCAUGAGAGAGAGAGGUAGAGAGAGAGUAAGGGGCUCAGGCAACGGACACCAAGCAUAGAAAGGACGGACAACACUGGACAGAGAGUGGUCACAGCCCAAAGGGAGAAGCAGGAAAUGGAGAUCGAAGGUCUUGGGAAGGUAGGGAAACAGCAAGCACCAGAUGGAUCAUGGGGAAUGGGAGUGCUGGCAAUAUAUAGCCCACAAAGAAGAAGUAAAAGUGGCAAUAGGUUCGGCUUUGUGAGGUUCCUUGAUGUGAAGUGGGUAAAAGAACUUGAGAGUCAACUGGACCAAAUCUGGAUUGAGGGGUGCAAACUCUGGGUUAAUGUAGCCAAAUACCUUGAAGAAAAAACAAAAAAGGUGGAGAGGAGAAGAGUCUCUGGUAUAGGUACUGUGGUACAAGGCAAAACAUAUGCAGAUGCAGUAAAAAGACAGCAAGUGGACAAGCCGAGGGAAGCAAGGGGGCAUGAAUUUGUGGCAAGAGUUGAGGAUUAUGAGUGGUUACAAGGCUGUUAUGUAGGAACAGCUCGCUCUGCUGAAAUUGUCCCAACCCUUCAAGAGAAGUUUUAUAUGGAAGGCUAUUUCACGUGCCGGUUACGAGCAAUGGGUGGGAAGUUGGUUUUAUUGGAUUGUGAGGACAAGGAAGAACUUAGAGACUUAGUUACCAGUAAGAAAAGAAGGUUUGACAUUGCUCGUUUCCUCAUCUCAACGUCCAUCAUGGAUUCAAUUUUAGUCAAAAGACAAAUUAGAGUCAAUGGUGUGAUAUACAACUUAAAAUUCACUGAAGAGGAACAGGCGAACAACCUUUUCUCAAUCAAAUAUGACCUCAUGCCAAAUUUCAAGAGUGAAUCAGAAAAUGAAGAAUCAUGGUCAGAAGUUAGUGAUUAUGAAGAUGAACACGGAGCAGACUGGCAGACCAUCGCCGAAGAAGAAGUAGAAGCCGGUGACACAUGGGGUCUAUACAAAAAAGACAUGGGGUCGAUUGUCAUCCCAUCCUUCGAGGAAGAGGGUGAAUUUGAAUUAGAAAAAACCAGCAAUGACGUGAGGCAAUCCAAAAAGGUUGACAAGAGAUCACAAAGCCAGAUUGAGGAAGAAGAUUCAGUAGAAGUGAUGGCAGAUAGCAUUAAUGUGGAUGAAUAUUUGAAUGAUGCAGGAGACAGAGAAGACGUUGGGGAAUGCAACUCUAAUUCAAAUACAAAUACUCAUGCCACAACGGAUCCUAUUGAGGAUUCGGAAGCCAUUGGGCUGGAAUUAAGGGCCAAGCCCAUUAGGGAGGAAGACUUGCGAGUGACGAAGGCAGUGAGAAGGAAGGGAGAGCUAAACCAAAAGAAAAAAGGCAAAGCUAAAGCUCGGCCAAGACAACCAGAGGCGCAGGGGAAGAAGAUUCCGAAGUUUGUUCCAUGCGCAAGCACUCCAAUAGCGGGAGGCUCAAUGGGGGACAACGGGGUAGCAGCUAAGAAUGAGGAGAAUGUUAUUAAAAGACUCGAGGAGAUGGAGUUGAGAGACAGUAAAGCUAAAGAAGAGGAGAACUCAAGGAAAAUGGCCAAGGGACAGAAGUACACUUGGUAUCAAGCUAAUGGUAAAUCCAUGAGCAAACUAAACAGAUUUUUGCUUUCUGAAGGAUGGCUAUCAAAGUGGGAUGAGGCUAGACAGUGGGGAUUAUGCAGAACAGUAUCAGAUCAUUGUCCAAUUCUGCUUAGACAUAAAAAAGUUGACUGGGGGCCUAAUCCAUUUAGAUUUUUUAACUCAUGGCUGGAAUUAGAAGGGUGCAGAGAACUGAUCAAAGAUGUGUGGAGCAAGGCUAACAUUCAAGGGUGGGCUGGAUUCCGCCUUAAGGAGAGACUGAAAUUAACUAAGGAGGCUCUAAGGAAGUGGAACCAAAACCUAGUCUCGGAUAUUGACAACAAAGUAAACAAAGCAGUAGCCGAGAUUGCUCAAGUAGAUUUAAAGGGAGAAAGGGAAUAGCUGACAGAGGAGGAGAUCAAAGUGAGAAGGGAGGCCUUUCUAGAUUUGUGGAAGAAUCUAAAGCACAAAGAAAGCAUGCUGCAACAAAAAUCAAGGAAAACUUGGCUGCUAAAUGGAGAUGCGAACACAAAGUUUUUCCAUAAUUGUGUGAAAGGAAGAUGGAAGAGAAACAAAAUGAACAGCAUAUAUGUGC